AUGACCAAGACGCAUUGGGUGAUGGAGAGUCCUAUCAGCUCUCUGUCCAUCCUUUUCCGCAAUAAAUUGUUCAUGCGGCUGACGUGCUUGAUCGUGAUCACGAGUUUCAUCAGGAACGGGAUUUUCCAGAUCCAGUCCUUUUCCCUGAAUACAAUUGUGGGAUUCGAUGUGAAAGACUUUGCCAACUUGAUGCUACUCGGAGGCGUCUUAGCACUGCUAGGACAGGGGCUACUGGUGAAGGCGCUGGUGGGCUGCUUCAAGGAGAAAGGCGUGAUCAUCAUCGCGCUGAUCGCCAGUCUGAUGAAGACGGGCGGCUUUGCCGGUGCCGCGUUUUACCCGCACAAAUGGGUCGUAUUCCUGUCGUUCAUCCCUGGUUGCAUCGGAGACCUCACCUUCCCCGCCAUAUCGGCUCUCAAGUCAAUGAACGUCUCGGAGAAGGAACAAGGACGUCUUCAAGGCGCAAUCUAUGGCGCUCGAUCAGUUUUUGACGCAAUCGGCCCCAUCGUCUUCUCCUCGCUGUACGCUGCGAUGACCCGGCAGUCCCUUCUGUCCGAAGCUCUCCCGUACAUCGUUGCCUCGUGCGUCUACGUCGUCGGGAUCGCAGUGGCUGUCUCGCUACCCGUGAGCAAGACGCCCCCGUCGCGGAGUGAAGUCGCUGUUGAACCUGCUCCUUUGCCGCCACCCGUGUCGGACGAAACUCCGGCUUUGGCUUCCGUGUACUUCGAGACUGACAAGGAUGAAGUGGAAAAGGGCGACAGAGUGGAGUAUGCCACUAGCUCCAUGCUGGAUGACGACCAAUUGCUCUCUGAGCCUUCGCUAGGAGCGAACUCCUCUGAAGUGUAA